AUGUCCACUACGAAUGUUUGUGGGGUGUGUGGGGCGCAGGACAGUUGGCGUCAUUCCCUACUGGACUGCACCCUGUCCAAGAGCAUAUGGGCUCUGUCGAAGGAGGAGAUGGUGCAGCAUAUGGCGAUGAACCGAAACGACAACGCAAAAGAGUGGAUAUUCUCCAUGUUUGAGUCGCUGCCCAACGACGAACUUGUCACAUUGGUCGUCACUCUUUGGGCGAUUUGGUCUGCACGGAGGAAGUUAAUACACGAGGGAAUUUUCCAGACUCCCUUUGCAACCCAUGGCUUCAUAUCGAACUACCUGUCAGAGCUUCAGUUUUUGGAAAAGCCAGAGAAGGAGAAGAAGGCACCGGGCCCAAGAUCGGCGGAGUGGAUUCCUCCCCCAGAAAAUCAUAUGAAAAUCAAUGUCGAUGCGGCGGUUGCGAGACAUGGUCGGUUCGGGACCGUUGCGGCCAUUUGCAGAGACGACAGCGGGGAGUACCAAGGAGCGUCGGUGAUCCGGUUCAACAACGUUGAUGACCCAGAGACGUUGGAGACCUUGGCGAUACGUGAAGCUUUGGCCCUUGCGGAUGACUUGCUCUUCCACGAUAUUUCAGUUGCUUCGGAUUGUAAGGUGGUUGUCGAAGCAAUCAAGAAAGGUACAAGUGCACAAUAUGGAGCCGUGAUACAUGAAAUUAUAGACAGCUCUAGAGUUUUUUCCUCUUGUUUGAUUAAUCAUGAGUUUAGGACCUCGAAUGUUGAGGCUCACAAGCUUGCAAAGCAUGCGUUAUCGCUGGGUUUUGGCCGCCAUGUCUGGUUAGGCCACCUAGGAAAUUUGGAUUUCGUCCCUGUAAACAUUUGUGACGGGUGA